AUGGACGUUUUAAAAGAUUUAAGUUCUACACCUCAUCUGGCAGCUGCCAACUCACUCAUGCUACUGGCAACACCUGUGGUGUCGCCAGCGGUGGCAUCUCCGGUGGCCUCCAAAACCGGUACAUCUGGUAUUUUCCAGCUGUGGUCUCGUCCCAAGUUUGUUGGGCCUUCUACUAAGACAAGUUUGCUUUUUGGCGCGGCACAAGCUUUGGGAUCUUGGAUUAUCUACGAUGGAGACCUUGAAAGCGGGUCUGGGUUCCUGGGAGCGUGGUCAGCUUUGUACUUGAUCGUGGGUGGUCGUGGUUCAGUCAAGGCCCUUAGGUACGGAAGGGUCUGGCCCUUGACUCUUUCAGCAUUGGCCGCUACUAGCACAGCCCUUUACACCAAGAGGUUCGUGUCUGGUGGGUUUACGUAG